UCAACUUUCUCGAAAAUGACAAAUCCUGUCAAAAAACAGAUAAAUAUUAGGCGUGGUACGGGAAGAGCCGAUUUUUACUAAAAUUAUAAUAAUGUCGGCGACUUUGAAGCCCUAUUUGACUGCUGUGCGCCACACUCUCACAGCUGCGAUGUGUUUAGAACACUUCUCAUCGCAAGUGGUAGAGAGAUAUAACAAGCCGGAGGUCGAGGUUAGAACAAGCAAAGAACUCUUACUAAAUCCAGUUGUUAUCUCCCGAAACGCUAACGAAAAGGUUUUAAUUGAAUCAUCUAUUAACUCAAUAAGAGUAAGUAUUAUGAUAAAACAAGCCGAUGAAAUCGAAAAGAUUUUGUGUAAAAAGUUCAUGCGAUUCAUGAUGAUGCGAGCUGAAAACUUUAUCGUACUGAGAAGGAAGCCAGUCGACGGCUACCAUAUCAGUUUCCUGAUUACUAAUUUCCACACAGAACAAAUGUAUAAGCACAAACUUGUGGACUUUGUAAUAUACUUCAUGGAAGAGAUUGAUAAAGAGAUUAGUGAAAUGAAGCUGGCAGUGAAUGCCCGCGCCAGAAUUUGCUCAGAAGAAUUCUUGAAGAGAUUUUAAGACUAGUCUUCAUUCACCUACAGUGCACCAUGUAUGAUAAAACAAGUGUAUAAAGUAUAGCUCUAUAAAUUCUUCAAUUAGAACCUAAGAUAAAUGUUGAAGUGUAACUUUAAUUGCAUUUUCACUAGAUUGUAUCAUUUUCAUAAUCCUAUGUUAAUAUUUUCAUAAAAUUACAUGACUUAAUUUUAAAGAUGCCUUAACAUUAUUUAAGACCUCUCUUCUUAGUUGAUAUUUUCACUGUAUUAUUAUAAUAAUAGAAGUAAAUAAGUACUCCUCAUCACAUCCUCAAAAUGAAAUAGAUAACAUUUUUGAGACAUAAAAUGCUUUUAGCUACAAAACAUCCAACAUUUUUAAUCCUAUGCUACAGAUAGCUAGAAAGCUUGCUUACUAAUGAUGGGAAAUUAUAUUCUUAAGACUCAAAAGUUGGUGCCAAAAAUAUGGUUUAUCAACAUAUUUGCUAGCCUUGUUAUCAUUUUCAUUUAUGAACACUGCCAGAAAUUUAUUAGAUUUCUUUGUAUAACUACUUUUAUCAUUAUGACAAUGUCAAUAAAAUCAUUUGAUUAAAAUAGCUGCAUGAAAAAUUACAUUCCUAUUAACAAUAAUAUUGUCUGCUAAAAUGAAAUAAUUAAACAAUAAUCUGCUUCAGAACUGUUCUAAAGAUUACUUUAAUUGUAAUGUUAAUUUUAAUCUAGCAUUAAUUCCUUUGUUUGAUUGAUCAAAUAUAUGAAAAGUUAAAAUACUUUUUUUAUUAUUAAAAUGUUUAUGUUUAACAUUCAGAAUAAGAAGCAAUUAAUUUUGUGUAAUGUUUUAUUGUUAUUGUAAUAAAAUAUGUCACAGAAUAAAUAUCUUUUUCAACUUUA